AUGGCUAAGGGUAGUAAAGUUUUCAAUGUUUCAGUGUUUUUCGUCGUUUUCAGAGAAUGCCUGGAGGCCGUGGUUAUUGUCUCCGUGCUGUUGUCCUUUUUGAAACAAUCUGUUGGGCAACAAGAUGUAAACAUCUACAAAAGACUACGAAAACAGGUGUGGAUCGGUGUAGCAGCCGGUCUCUUCAUUUGUUUGGCCAUUGGUGGCGGGUUCAUUGGUGCCUACUACUCGCUACAAAAUGACAUCUUUGGUAGCGCUGAAGACUUGUGGGAGGGUAUCUUCUGUAUGAUCGCCACGGUGAUGAUCUCAAUUAUGGGUAUCGCGAUGUUGAGAGUUAACAAGCUGCAAGCGAAGUGGAGGGUCAAGAUUGCACGUGCUUUGCUGGACAUACCGGAACGUAAGAGAGACCGCUUCAAGAUCGGCCACUUGACGCGCAGAUACGCCAUGUUCUUGCUACCAUUCUUCACCGUUUUGAGGGAAGGUCUAGAAGCCGUCGUGUUUGUGGCUGGUGCUGGUAUCACCACUCAGGGUUCCAGCGCGUCUGCUUACCCUUUACCCGUGGUGGUUGGCCUCAUCGCAGGUACCGCCGUCGGUGUUCUUUUGUAUUACGGUACCUCCAAAUCCUCCAUGCAAGUUUUUUUGGUUGCUUCGACCUGUAUUUUGUACCUAAUCAGUGCUGGUCUGUUUUCAAGAGGAGCUUGGUAUUUUGAGAAUUACAGAUACAACAAGGCUACCGGCGGUGACGCCUCUGAGAGUGGUGACGGAAACGGGUCCUACAACAUCCGUAAGGCCGUGUACCACGUCAAUUGCUGCAACCCAGAACUGGACAACGGUUGGGAUAUCUUUAAUGCUUUGCUGGGAUGGCAAAACACUGGAUACUUGUCAUCUAUGUUGUGCUAUAACAUAUAUUGGUUGGUCUUGAUGAUAGUGGUUGGCUUGAUGAUGUUUGAAGAGAAGAAGGGACAUUUGCCUUUUUGCAAGCACCUGACUCUGCGCCAGCUAAGUCCAACCUACUGGCUCAAGAACAAGAAAAAAGAUGAACUGACCCAGACCCAAAAAGACGAAUUGUUCAAAAAAGUUGAGAAAUUGAACUUCAAUGAAGAUGGUGAGCUGGGACAAACCGCCAUCGAUACCCACUGUGACUCAAAUGCUUCCGAGAACUCUAAAUCUAAGCUGGAGGCCAACGUUGUCACGAUGUCUAAAUAG